UAUUGCGCAAGUUGUUCACGAAGCUUUUGGCGAAGGAGAAAGUCUAUCGUCUGAAGGACAGAAACCAUAAUAAUUCCAUUUCUAUAAGCCGUAUUUCUUUGCUGUUUAACUAAGGGUUUUGAUAGUUAAGAUUGUUUAGUAACCAUGGAGACGAACCCAUUACUGGAUGGCAGCCAUGACAAGGAGGAGAGAACUAUGGAGAGGAUCACCGACAUUGAGCUGAGCAGUAUCCAGACUGAGGACCCUCAGGCCAGGUCAUUUUCAAACAAUGCCAAUUCUAUACUGAUACAGGAAGAUGACAUUGAGACGCCUUAUGGAAAUCUGCAUGUGGCCAUACAAGGUGACAGGUCUAAAAUGGCAAUCAUCACUUUCCACGAUAUUGGCCUCAACCAUGUGACAAACUUUCAAGGGUUCUUCAGUUACCAAGACAUGCAGCCAAUCCUUCGACAUUUCUGUGUUUAUCAUGUGAACGCCCCUGGCCAGGAGGAGAGUGCCCUUCACUUGAGACCAGAGCAUGAUGCCCUAGGUAAUCCCGACUCACUUGGUAAAAGGUUUGUGUACCCUUCCAUGGAUGAAUUGGCCCACUCCAUUCAGAAUGUCGUGGAUAACUAUGGCCUUGCAAGGUUCAUUGGAUUUGGUAUGGGAACGGGUAGCAACAUUCUUUCCAGAUAUGCAUUGCGCCAUCCAGAAACUGUGGACUCAUUGGUGCUGAUCAACCCUACAUGUGGGAAGUCUGGCUGGGUCGAGUGGGGAUACCAGAAGAUGAACUCCUGGUACCUGUGGAGCGGCCAGAUGACCAACUUCACUGAGGAGUAUCUUCUAUGGCACUGGUUUGGUUCGAAAACCCGAUGGACAAACACCGACUUGGUGCAGGUGUUCAGACAGUACAUCAAGACCAUCAACCCACAGAAUCUGUCUCUCAUUAUUGAGUCCUAUCUCAAACGGACAGAUCUUGGCAUCAUUAGGGAACUUGACCAGAUGAAGAGGUCUGGGACCAAUACCCUCAAGUGCAGAACAAUGUUGUUGGUCGGAGAUGAUUCUCCUCACAUAGAUGAUGUCAUCAGUAUGAACAGCAGAAUGGACCCACAGGAAACAGAUUUUUUCAAGAUCUCUGACUGUGGAGGGAUGCCACUAGAGGAACAGCCAGGCAAAGUGUGUGAGGCAUUUCGCCUUUUCCUGCAGGGAAUGGGAUAUGUCCCGUCACUAAACCGGUUGCCCAGACAAAAUCACGUCGCCAACAAUAACCCUCAGAAGCUGGUCAGUGCAACAGACUUCACAAACGUCACACCGGUCUGUUGACCUAGCCUACUUAACACUGACAUUUCUCAAGCCUUCUUAGAGACCAAGCCAGGAGAGGAGAGAUGCAUUCUUUAUCUGCUCCUGUCAUUUCAACUCAAGUGAAGUUACAUCUUAUGUUUAUUUAGAGAUAUCAUGCUAAUCCUGAGCAGCUGAUGUAGAAUAUUCAAAGAAUAGUGAACAAAAGUCUAUCAGUGAAUGAAUUAAUGUAUUCAUACCACAGUACAACUUCGUACAGGAAAGUUAAAGCAAUGCAUUUAAUUUGAAGACAUCAGCAAUACUGUAGAAAAGUUGCAAUUAUCUAGUUCUCUUACUAUACUGGCACAAUUAUAGAAGAUCAAAGAUUUUGCACCAUUACAAAAGUGAUAUAAGGCAUAUAAGGCAAGAAAAAAGAUGCACUACAUUUAUAUUGUGAAAGUUUGAUGUCUGUGAUUUUUUUUAUAAAAGAAAAUUUUCAUAUGCACAACAUCUUUUUGUGAUAACAUUGUUUCACCAUCAAUGAGACUGGAUGUAUGUUGUAGUUUAGGGACUCAGAUUCAUCUUGCAAUUUGUAGUAAUAAUGAUGUGUUUUAAAUAUAGAAAGAAAAGAAAACCAUUCCAUGAGAGAUGAAUGCAGGUACAUUGUGAUUUACAGUUAAAAAACCUUAUUUGCUUUUUCCUGUAUUCGUGUUGAUGUGCUGUCAAAAUCGUGUUUGCAAUAGUGAUUUAAUGAGGGUCGGACUUACAACUAAUGCUAAGCAUCUACAUGGUUCAUCACAGUAAUAGAAUAGAUCAUCCUGAUUUAUGAGGCUUCACUUUACACAGACUACUUACUAUUCAUAAUCAUAUCUGGUUAAGACUUCUUCUGAACUUACUUCCAAUAUUAAUAGGUGAUGAAUAUCAAAACACUUUCUUCAUAUUGCCACAAGAAUCAAUGUUUUCUUCCGUAUAGGAAAAUAUUUUGAAUGUGGAGAUGCAAUUUUAUUCUUGUGAAGAAAUCUAAAGGAAAAAGUUAUAUGCAUCCUUUAAUUGAAAGGGUUAUAUAUUAAGAUUUUGCCCGAGUAAGAUAUGCAGCUGAGGACAACGAUCAUCCUGGACAGUUGUUUUAUGGAGUUCUUUGUGUAAAGCAAUGAUGUGUGGAACAUGUACACAUUGCACGAUAUAAAUUUAAACAUUUAACACAGUUGUUCAUCAUAUUUAUAUAUUCAGAAUCAUAAUUUAAGAAGUUGAUGAUCUCGAGCAAGUGCUAUGACAGUUAUUUGUUCCACUUUUACCAUAAUCAUUGUACAUUUUAAGGUAAUCUCCAAAUAUGUCCCAUUAUGCAUGGUCCUUACAUUAAUUUGCUAAAAGAAUUUCAAAUAUGUAUUACUUUAUAAAAGUGCAGACUUCUUUACAAAAGUCAGGACAGGGCAUUUUGAAAUGCUACAUAUGCAUUGUAAUUUACAAAUAUCAGCUGCUAUAGAAAUCUUAAAUUUGAAUGAGAAGUGUAAUAAUUUUAUCUAUGAUACAAGUUUAGUCUGUUUGUUUAAUGAUUGUAUUUAUACAAAACAGUCAGUCAAUUGUAUUUGGUAUGAUUAGGAAUGGUAGAUAAUUUAUUAAUUUCCAAUGAAAUAUUCAUGACAUGUAUUAUGUAUAUGAUUUGUAUAACUACUGCAUAUGUUCUGAUUUUAAAUGCUAUCAAAAUGUUUAAAUGGAAUUUUGUAAAUAUUUAUUAUGUUACAAUAGUUGUUAGUGAUUCAAAUGAUAUUUUGCUAUUUGUUUGAAAUGAAUUAUAAUGAGUUGAGUGUGAAGUUAUGCAUGUGUAUGUGUGUAGGGUGAACCUUGCAUUCCAAACUUUUUCCAAUUUUGCAUUCUAGUUUAAGUUAUGUUCAUGUUUUUGAAGUAAAUUAUUUUGAAACGUUUUUGAAAUAGAAAAUGUAGGUGUUAAAAGAUUAAAUUUAUCUUCUGACAACAGAUUUUUCAAGUAAUGAAGUAAUGCGGCUUACCUAUUGGUUGAAUAAGUUGUCACUUAAAAAGAAUACCGGAAUUACUUAAGAAAUUUAAAGUUUAAUAUCAAGGAUAAUGCUAGCAAGAUUCAACAAAACAAUGACCCAUUGACAAACAGGUGCAAUGAAUUUACCUAUGAUGUGUCAUGAUUCUGAAUUCCAAUUGACAGUGCGUGUGAUUCAUUUUGUUGGGUUUUUCAUAAUUCUCAAUUACCGUGAGUAUUUCUUGAAAAUAAUUGAAUUCCUUGCAUAAUCUCAAAAACCCAUGUCCUGUGCAUUUUCAGCUUCAUUGCCGUGUUGUUUAUACCCCAGAAAAUAUUGACUGUAAAUUGAAAGAUGUUUUGUCUUUUAUACCCAAUAUUUGUAUCAAAAAGUCAAUUUUAUAGUACAUCUUUCACAUUAUGUGGACAAUAGUGUUUUUUUAUCACGUGAUCCAUUUGCUUCAUUGGAAUUCUGUGUCGCUACUUGUUCCGUUUUGUGAAUUCUAAAAAUUGCCAAUAAAGUCAUACACCAUGAUUGCCUGCUUUCAGUGGUGUGUUGUAGAAAAU